GUCUACUCUGCAUCGGGCUUUGAUCUCCUUUCUAUUCUUGCGCGCGUCGCCACACGUCCCAAUCCACACGUUGUUCUUGGGCCCGUAGACCUCACAUGCUCCUUCGUCGUCGUCGAUGUCCGGAGAUACGACCAUCCAAUCGUGUAUUGUUCUCCUCAAUUCUGUGCUCUCACUGGAUACGAGGAACACGAGGUUUUGGGACGAAAUUGCCGCUUCCUUCAGGCCCCUGGUGGUCUAGUUCAGAAGGGAGAGGAGAGAAGGUUCACGGACGGUGUUGCUGUUGCACAGUUGAGGAAGAGCUUGGUCGCAAAUAAGGAGUGCCAGGCUAGUAUUGUCAACUACAAGAAAGAUAGACAAGCCUUCAUCAACAUGGUGACCAUUAUCCCAGUC